CUCGGCAAAUAUGGCAUUGAAAUUAUUCAGUCAAUCGAAAAUCUUGUAUGGAGUUAUCCUGUGUGUAGUGGUUCAAUGUUAGUUGUUUGGUGUUUUAUUUGUUUAAAUGUUUUGAAUAAAUAAUUUAUCUCAGACAUUUAACCGAACCAACAAUACCACAAAGAUGCCAGCAAGCGGUCCCGUGUACCAGCCGACCACCGUCGGCUACGAGCAACAGAACGAGUGGUCCCGGCCGGGCAGCUAUCUCUCUCAGACCGUCAGCAACGGCCUCCGCGGCCCCCGCUGCGUCCAAUGGCUCCUGCUGGCCAUCGGCUGCUUCUCCCUGGCGGCCGGCAUUAUAAUGGUGGUCGAGGGCACAGUGGAGUUCGCCGACACCCAACAGACCCAGCUGGAGGACAAGGACGGAAAUAGGAGAACCGGGGAGGAGUCAACGUCUGUCAACGUCAUACUGACGGGAAUUGGAGGGCUACUCAUUCUGACGGGUAUUCUGCUGUUGGGCGCCUAUAUAAGGCUGAUGCGACGGAGGAAGGGAGUCUGGUGUUUUCCUAGCAAAGAGCAACGGUUAGCCAGGCAAUUGGAUACGCAGAAUACUAACGGACAGAUAAUGACUGUGAACCCUUCUACGGAUUUGUUGGUGGCGGCUCAGUACGGUCCUGUCUCGGAGAUCACCUACCAACCGCCGCAGGUCACCGAGGAGGAGGAGACACGCAAGCUUAUGGCCAACGACAACAAGGAAUGUACGGAGGAGAAUGAACGUAUGCUAGACUCGGAUCCGCGAAUCGUUCUGCGACCGCGCAAUGCUGAAGAGGCUUAAUCACUUCCACUUUUGUCAGCUCAAUCAUCAACAGUAUCAGCAUUCCGAAGGGCAAGACAAAAGACAGAGAGAAGAGAUCGGCAGUAGAUCGUUUCCGCAACAGAUGCAUGAACAAAGCUGCUCCACUCGCCUGUCACGAGGAAAUAACUCCGUCACUGCGAUCCUCCUUCUGCAGCGUCUAUUAUCAGCGGUCGGUUCUGGACAGCAGCAGCGAAGACGACGAGGAAAACGGACAACAACGCCGCCAUAACUCUUUGCGGCCAGCCUCCAUUCGGUCCUCUCUGCUCGACUCAACGUACAGUUUGCAAGAAAAUUCGUCGCUCGGCUUUUAUCCGCGCCAAACGUCCAUUGAUGAUAACUCUCAACUCGAUUUAGAUUUAGAUUGUUUGCCCUAUAAUACUGUUGUUUGAGUUUUCAACUAACAGUUUCAUUGAACUUAAUAUUGUUUAAGUGAACGGUUCGACUAAGGAAAGUUUAGGUUGACCUUGAAAAUACCUAUUUCACCUUGAGAUUAUUCGACUAAGAAAGAACUAUAGUACUGUUGUCUAAGUUUUCAGCUGAACAGUUUCACUGACCUUGAUAUUGUUCAAGUGAUCGGUUCGACUAAGGAAAGGUUAGGUUGACCUUGAAAAUACCUAUUUCACCUUGAGGUUAUUCGACUAAGAAAAAACGUUGACCUUGAAAAAACUAUCCCAUCUUCAAUGUAUGAGGCUAUGCUAUGAUAACUUUGAUUUAAUUUUACUGACUACCCUACAGGGUACUGUUGUUUAAGUAUUAAGUUAAACAGUUAUACUGACCUUGAAAAGGAUUUUUAAGGUAUCCUAUGAUGUGAGAACUUGAUUUCAUUAUUUAACAGUUAUACUUACCUUGAAAAGGAUUUGUAAGGUAUGUAGAUAUAUGAGGACUUGAUUUCAUUAUUUUACAUUUUUACUUACCUUGAAAAGGAUUUGUAAGGUAUGUAAUGAUAUAUGAGGACUUGUUUUCAUUAUUUAACAGUUAUAGACCUUGAAAAGGAUUUUUAUGCUAUGAGAACUUGAUUUUAUUCAACUGACCACAGUACUGUUGUUUCAAGUAUCUAGCUAAACAGUUACUGACCUUAAGGAGGACAUACUGACUUUUGAAAAACGGAUUUCAACUUUUGACUUUGUAGAGAUAGAUAACAGUAUUGAGAACCCAACUUUAUUCAACUGAUUACUGUAGGCUUACUUGUUUGAGUAUUUAGCUAAAAAGUUACUGACCUUAAGAAGGUCAUACUGACUUUGUAAAAACGAAUUUCAACUUGAAAAGAGCGUUUGGAAUUUGUAAAAAACAGUAGGCUAUUGGGACACAAUUUGAUUUAACUGACUACAUUACACUGUAUACCCUACUGGGUACUCUUGUUUAGGUUUUUAUACUAACAGUUACUGACCUUGAAAAGGACAUACUGACUUUGUAAAAACGAAUUUCAACUUGAAAAGAGCUUUUUGAAUUUUAAAAAAAACAGUAGGCUAUUGAGGACACAAUUUGAUUCAACUGACUACAUUACACUGUACUGCUAAGCUCGACAGAAAAAUUCCUAGAAUUAGAUUUUUUGCCCCAUAGUGCGAUACUGUUAUUUAAAUGUUCAGCUGAACAGUUAUACUGACUCCAAAUACUGAAUUUAGAAAGGCGAAUUUCAGCUUGAAAAGAGUGUUUCUUCGUAAAGAACAGUAUUUAGAUCACACUUUGAUUCAACUGACUACAAUACUUUCAAGUUCGACAGAAAAUCUCCUGGAUUCAGAUUGUUCUCCUAUAGUAGACUAUUAUUGUUCAAGUGUUCACCUCGACUGAAGACGGAUUACCACAUAUCAGUAUCAGUGUAAGUGUAUGGUAAAGUGAAAAUAUAUCAUUUGUAUGAGUUUUAAUGGGAGUAUUCAUACUCGCUCGACCGUGCUCAGUGUGAAUAGUCCCAUUGAAACUUGAGAGAAUAAAUUUUCUCUGGACUGAUACUGAUAUGUGGAAAUGCAGGUUUAGUGUUCUGAUCGACAGAAAAUGACCUUUUAAAGGGCAGAUCAAUCUUAAAAAAGAGGGAUUUUACCUUUUAUUUGUAAGGUAUGUAAUGAUAACUUAAUUUCAUUCAUUAGUCGACCCUCUCAUUACUCUUAUCCUUAGCUGGGCUAAGACCAAACUUUACGCUUUCAACCUUCAUCUUGUCCCUCUUAAAUCAACCCAAAAAUAAUGAAUGCAUUACUAUUGCAUGUUGAGUUUCCCAUCUGACAUUGAUUUAGUCUAGCUGAUUGUAUCCACUUAACUAAGGAUCCAUCCUGAAAAAUUCCUAAUUAAUCUUAAUAUAAUUAUUGAGGAUUAUAUAAAUAAUAUAGUCUGAAUAAAAUAACAGAAUAGAUUAUAUAUAUUAUAUAUUUAUAUAAGAAUUUAUGUGUUUUGUUUUGACUGUCCAAAAAAGUUUGGAUGUUUUUAAAGUGCAACGGCAAAGUAUUAGUUUGAAAUGUUUGUGUAACAUUUAUUAGGCAAUAAAUAAGUAUUUUAUUACUUAGUAAUAAUUAUUGUUAAACUAGUUAAUUUUAGUUUAGGUUUUCAAUAAAUUCUCUUUUUUUUUAAUUAAAUUCUCGAGAUGACAAAAUAUCCUAUGUUAAGAUCUGUUUAUCAAUUAUUAUUCAACAGAAAAUGUUUUAUUUUACUAUUGAGAUCUCCAAACUAUCUCAUCACCUAGAUAGGUUGUUUUAUUUCUACGUGCAAUGUACUUCUGCAUUGCAAUGAUAGUCUUUAGAUCUGAUUUAUGUAUCAAAUACAUAAAUCUAUUUUUCUUUUUUAGAGUUUUAGGUUGUAUCAAACCCAGAAAUAAUAUAUUAUUUGGUUGUGAUUGUCCAUUAGCCUCAGAACGGCAAAUACAUUUGAAAAGAGACUAGUUGCGUUUUUGUUUUAUUUGAAAUUUAUAUAGAUAGGAAAUAUAUUAGUUAUGUAGAUUACAUGAAUAUGUUUCUGUGCAUUUAUGAACAUGGAUGCUGUAAAUGGUUUUUAUUUAUGUUGAUUUUUUUGUAGAAGUCUAUUAUGUGGAAUCAAUUCAUAUUGGUUGUGCAUUGCUUUAAAAAGGUGUGUUAUAUUUAUUUUUGAAAUGUUUAUCUAAGUAUUCAACUCUCAAAGAGGAGGCAGAAUAUUAUUAGUUUUUGGCUCCGUUAAUUAGUUCUACCACAACCAUCCUAACGAUGGCCAUCUGAACAGUUUUUAUAGUUUAAGAUUCUAAUUUGCAAUUAUUUUUUCCUACAGUUACGUUGAAAAGUGGCCAUUGCUGCACUGAUUACAGAACGCAAAGAAUCACUUUUCCGCUCUAGUGCGGGAAAAAUUUUUCUGCACUCCAGAUUUGCAACAUGGCAACGCAAAAUACUUAGUAGGUUAUAUGGAGCAACAGUGCAGCAAAAUCAAAAUGAAGUUGGUAACAGUGACUGCUGUGGCUGCUAUAGUGAGCAGAGGUGCAACCAAGCACAACGCGCUAAUUAUUAUUCAUUAUAUAUUAUAACCAAGGACAACGAGGACUUUAGGAUUUUAGGAUUAAGGUUUUUAUCAAUAAUAAAAUUACACAGAAAAGCAUUUGAUGGAUUUCAGGCAAUUUUACCCAUAAUUACCCACUUUUCAUAUUCAAUGGUAACUGUAGGAAAAACUUAAUGUGAAAUACGUGCGCAAAGUUCCUCUGCUGCACUCAAGAAACCAUUCCGCCCUCGCCUACGGCUCGGGCGUAAACGUUUCUCUUGGUGCAGCAAACUGUCACUUUGCGCACUAGUUGCACAAAUAACUAUUCCAGUUCAACUGAUGUAGGCUCAUAGAAUUUGACCAAAAUAAUUAGUUAUGAAUACACUCAAUAUUGAGUAUAGAGAGCAUAAUCACGAUAUUCCAUUAUUACAAUUUCAUUAAUUUUCAGCUCAAUGUUUGUGUAACGUGAAAAUGUUCGUGUAUUGUAAUUUGUCAAUUCUUGUGAAAUCAGAUGUGGUUCUCACAAGUGUUAAUAUAAAUGUGUGUAUUUUAUUCCACUAAUUUUUUAUUAUUUGAGGUUGAUACUGCACUUUUAUUUUAAAUUCAAUUUCAAAUAAUUACUAGAUAUCAAUAAUGAAGCAAUUGACUUGCAAAUUAUGUGAGAAUCGUAUAUUUUUGUGAAAAAUUAUGCACUCUUAUUACUUUGAUUAUCGCACAAUUCGCUUGAAACUGUAGUAUAUAGUUUUCACAAUUUUUCUGGGUAAAAAUAUUUGCAUAUAGUUGCAUUCGUAAUAUGCAUAGAUUGCAUUAUGAUAAAUAAUAACAUUGUAAAGUAAUCUACAUUUACAAUCUAUGUUUCAAAUUUAUUACUAAAGAUUGUGAAUAAGGUACCUGCACUUUCUUGAAAACUAUGUAGGAUAUAAAAUAAUUUCUAAUAAUAUAAGAAAUUACGUAAUUCCACAUUCACAUUAAAAAUGCCUUUAAAUCGAAAAGUUGUCUGUCAUUUGAAUAUAUGAUGCGUAAUUAAAUUACGUAUUUGAUUGAUAUGAAAUACACAUUAAUGUGAAGAGUUAAUAAUUUUUCUACGGGACAAAAAUGUUCAUAAUUAAUGUAAGAGUUGUAACAAAUUGGAGAAUUAGCAUCAAUAUUGCUGGCACUUGGCAGUGUAUAACGAUUUAAUACAUUUAGAAUUGGUAUUAAUGGUUGAAGAAUAGGAAUUUUGAUUUCGUCUAUCUCUAGAUUAUAGAAAUUCAUAAUUUAAAUAAUCAAACAAGUUGAUAAAUCGGGCACAAUUCCAAUCAGUAAAGUCACAAGCAAUGAAUAAUAUUAAAAAUAAGCAAUAUAUAUACUUGGAAGUAAUUUAUUUUAAAACAUUUCAGUUGGAAAAAUAAAUUAUUUCACAGUUAGUCUUCCAAAGAAAGGUCUCUUGUAAGCCUUUUAGGCUUGAAUUGAUCAUUAAUAACGCGAAUUAUAAAAUAUAAAAAUGAUAAUUUAGAAAUCACUGCACAAUAAUGUAACCACUGUAUUAAAAUCUAAUUAAUUUUUUUAAUAAUCUCUCUUGCAUCAUUGCAAUAGAUGAGCAUUAGAUUUCAUUAUUUUAUUCAAGCAUUUAUUCUUACCCAGAUGAGGUUUUAUUAAUGAUUUUAAUAAUACAUAGAUAAACAAAAUGGCUCCCAACACCUUAAUAAUCUACAGUACAACUAUUUUUUAACAUUAAUUUCUUACAACUUAGUAUAAUAUCAGAGAAAUUCAAAUAAAUUUCCAUUCUGAUUGAACAAAGUUUUGCUAUUAAGUUUUUUCUUGAAAAAACAUAAUUCGUUAAGUAAAAAUCUGUCUCAAUAAAUAAUAAAUCUUCAUUUCAUUCCUCUAUUUGUUGAAAUAAUUUGCAUAAAAAGACAAUAAUCGAUCCUCUAUAAUUUUUUAUAGAAAGUUCAGAUAAUUGUCUGAUAAUUCAAAAAUCUUGAAAUCGAUCUUCCGAUUGUUACUGGAUGAACUGUAGUUAAUCAUUCUAUUCAAUGAUUUUAUUUUUUUUUCAUAUUAUAAACUAUUUUCUUGAAAACAUUUCCAAGUCUAUAAAUGUUUUGAGUACUUUUUAUGCUUCAGAAUUACUCAUUUGUCAGUCAUUCUAUUUAAACAAUGAUUUUAUUUCUUUUUUCAUAUGAUAAACUAUUUUCUUAAAAACAUGUCCGAGUCUAUAAAUGUUUUGAGUACUUUUCAUGCUUCAGAAUUACUCAUUUGUCAAUUAGUCCACUCUUUGAUUCACGGUUAAAUAAUGAUUGAUUAUUAUUUUAAAGCCUUGAUCAUAUUAAGCUCAAUUUCGAAAAUGUCGGGAGCCAUCCUCUUUAAUGUAAACUGCAUGCUAAUAUCCUAGUUGUAUUGGAUGUUCAUGGUAAUGAUAUAUGUGUUGAUAAUAAUUUAAUAGAAAAUUCAAUCCAUUCCUUGACCAUGUUACCUGCAUAAUGUAAUUUAAUAAUGUAUUGAUGGUUUACUUCAAUGUUCAUGUAAUUUUUAUACGAAUAUAAUUUACAAUUUUUAAAAAGUG